GAUGCAGAUUGUUUAGAUGUUGACUGGAGCGGGGUUUGGAUACAUAUAUGGCUUUUUGUGGGGAAUCAUGUUCUAGGCGCGUAUCGACAACAAGCUCGGAGAUAGUAGAAUAGCUGUGGAUCCGACGCAGGCCGCUGGGCCUGUUGUAGCGCUCUGUUUUGUUUCAUAUUGCGCGGGUUUCAUCCUAGCUGCUGCGUUACUAAGGUUUAACGUUACAUUUCAUUGCACACUGAAUUAUUUUCUGUUCAGUGUCCGUACAUCAAGCAACUGCUGCUGUUCUCGAUCAAAGUUAAUGUCCAUUCAGAUGACCGAAGCUACACCGCCAAAUGGUUAGCUAGCUAGCUUAUUAGCCAAAUGUAGGACAUUGCUAGCUUAAGUUAGCUCAGUUUGGCAAUCGUCAACCGAGCCGGCAAGUCAGCUAACAUUACAGCACUGUAACGCUUGAGCAAUAACGUUGCCUAUUUAAUACUGGUAGUUACUACUUGUUAGGUGCUGUGGAAAUUAGCCUUAUUGCAUGCCAUGGAUAUAAUUAAACAGCAAUGUUAUUGUCGAGUCGUGCACCGAUUCGUUUAUCCUCCCAUUCAUUGAUCUUAUCAGCAGCUACAGUCCAUGGAGUUGGUAACAUUAACGUUACAGGGGAUAUUGGAUGCAAAUAAACCUGUCUGGCUGCAGUUAAUGACUUAAUGAAUUUUGACUCGUGUUUUGUAAUUCAGUCCAAGUCUCUCUCAAAGAAACCAAUUGUGUGUUUGACAGACCUGUACAAAUGAAUAUUCCAUAUAUCAGCUGCCCACCAUGAAUCAAGUGAGCAGGUUGUCCCCAUUAACCUGCUUCAGUGACAUUGUACCGUGGAUCCAGCUGUAUAGACCAGGUGGCCGAUAAUGGACGAGCACAUCGUUCACCAAACAGAACACAUGACCACGAUCGAGGCCAGCGCCGUCAGCCAACAGGUCCAGCAGGUACAUGUGGCCACCUUUACUGAGACAUCCAUGAUGAGCGCUGAGGAAGACUCAACGUCCUCACCAGAUGAUGAUCCUUAUGACGACACGGACAUCCUCAACUCGGCUGGCACUGAUGAGGUCACCGCCCACCUGGCUGCCGCAGGGCCAGUAGGCAUGGCAGCUGCUGCUGCCGUGGCAACUGGUAAGAAAAGAAAGAGGCCUCAUAUCUUUGAAUCCAACCCCUCCAUCCGCAAGAGGCAGCAGACUCGUCUGCUCAGGAAACUGCGAGCCACCCUGGAUGAGUACACCACCAGAGUGGGCCAACAGGCCAUAGUGCUGUGUAUCUCUCCCUCUAAACCCAACCCUGUGUUUAAGGUGUUUGGUGCUGCUCCUCUGGAGAAUGUGGUGAGGAAGUAUAAGAACAUGAUUUUGGAAGAUCUGGAGAACGCUUUGGCUGAACAUGCCCCUGCUGGUGGAGAGCUGGCCUCAGAGCUGCCCCCCCUCACCAUUGAUGGCAUCCCUGUCUCUGUGGACAAGAUGACCCAGGCCCAGCUGCGAGCGUUCAUCCCAGAGAUGCUGAAGUACUCGACAGGCCGAGGGAAGCCUGGCUGGGGUAAGGAGAGCUGCAAGCCGGUGUGGUGGCCUGAGGACAUCCCUUGGGCCAACGUCCGCAGUGACGUCCGCACAGAGGAGCAGAAACAGAGGGUGUCUUGGACGCAGGCAUUGCGGACCAUCGUUAAGAACUGCUACAAGCAGCAUGGCCGUGAGGAUCUGUUGUAUGCUUUUGAAGACCAACAGAUAACCACGACAACCACCACCCAGCACCACCUGACCACGCAGAAUAUCGCUCACCUUGUGCCCUCACAAACUGUGGUACAGACCAUCAACAACCCUGAUGGAACCGUCUCGCUCAUCCAGGUUGGCACGGGACACACAGUUGCCACCCUGGCAGAUGCCUCAGAGCUGCCCGGUGUGACGGUGGCGCAGGUCAACUACUCCACUGUGACUGAUGGAGAGGUGGAGCAAAACUGGGCCACCCUGCAGGGCGGUGAGAUGACAAUCCAAACCACUCAGGCCUCAGAGGCCACGCAGGCAGUAGCAUCUCUGGCUGAAGCCGCUGUCGCUGCCAGUCACGAGAUUCAGCCUGGAGCCACCGUCACAAUGGCUCUCAACAGUGAGGCAGCAGCCCAUGCUGUAGCGACGUUGGCAGAGGCCACUCUACAAGGCGGAGGGCAGAUUGUCCUGGCAGAGACAGCAGCUGCUGUUGGGGCUCUGGCAGGGGUUCAAGAUGCCACAGGUCUGGUACAGAUCCCGGUCAGCAUGUACCAAACUGUAGUGACCAGUCUGGCCCAGGGCAACCGGCCUGUCCAGGUUGCCAUGGCACCUGUCGCCACACGCAUAGAUAACACUGUCACACUGGACGGCCAGGCGGUGGAGGUUGUGACCCUGGAGCAAUGACAAUUACGACCCUGGAAGGAGUAGAAGCCACUGAAUGGCCACCUUGGAGAUUUGUUAAUUCUACUGUUUUCCAAGACAUCACGCUCUGUACAAAGUCAAAUAUAUUUUUAAAUGUACAUCUGCAGGGGAAGUAAAAGUGAGUUAUCAAUGCAUUGUGUUUACUAUGUAAAGAUAUUGCUUUUGUUGGUGUAAUUUUUCUCCCAUUUAGCGUCAUGUUUGUUUUUGUUUUGUUUUUUUAGCUCUGUGAUGUUGAGUAUUUAGUAUUUAUUUCUUUACAAUUAACCUUUACUUAAAACAAAGAUGAACCAAAAAGCCUGGGAGGAAAGCCACCACUGCUUCACCCAGAGUGUGUAACUGUCACUGUUCUGGAUUUUCAUAAUCGUCUGUGUUUGACUGUUUAGUUUUUAGGAUGCAUUUACAAUUCAGUGCCAUAGUCAGAAAUCACUCCUCUCUGUUUCCCAUAUCCUUGAUCACUAUUCUAAAUUUCACUCUUUCAACCUCAACUCACCUAAAACUAUGUUAGUGUACAGAACAAAGACACUCCCAGACAUUUCUCACAUUAGAUGAUGAAAUAUUAUGUUGAAAUACUGUCUUUUCGUGUGCUUUUCCCUGUGCUGUUUUACUGUAGUCCACGCACAUGCCAAGAUUUGUGAAGACUCAGGAUAUACAUCAAGGUGUUUUUUACUGCUGGACUGCUGAGCUGACUUCCUGAAGCAGCCAUUUUGUCUACCAAAUCCGUUCAUUUACAGUGCAUGGGUAGGAGCAUCCCUUGGUAUGUUAUUUUUUUAACAUGAACUCCUUUGUAUGUCACUUACGACUCGGUGGUCUGCAUCACUUUGUAUAUCACAUGAAGUUAGUCAUACUUGGACAUGAGCAGCAGUAUUUGUGAUGCAAAUAUCAAAAAAGCAUUUCUUCAAAUCUUACAACAAAAAAAACAUUGCUUGCCAAGAAUCGACAGAGUUCGAUGCAGCUGUAACAUUUGGUUGAACUCACCACUAUUUAAAAAAUUAAGUCCAAUAAAAUUGCUGCUGUUUACCAUUCA